AUGCCCUCUCACAACAAACGCACCUCUCCUUCCUACCAUCCCGGCAGCAGACGGCAUGAACACAGGCACAAGCAUAGCGAGCAUGUCUCCAACCCAGCCUACUCUUUCUACCCAGACGAGGAGCUCCUCCACUUCUACCGCUGGACCUCUCCUCCAGGGGUGAUGAAGAUCAUCUCCAUCAUCAUCAUCAUCAUGUGCGUAGCGGUCUUCGCCUGCGUGGCGUCUACGCUCGCCUGGGACUACGACAUGAGCACGAUGGGAAUGGGUGGCGGCGUCGGCGCCGGGCUGGGGAUCGGAGGCGCCGGAGGAUAUGGUGGGAGCUAUGGCAGUAGUUACGGCGGUGGCUCCUCCUACGGCAGCGGUAUUGGUGGAGGCUCAUCCUACGGCGGAGGUAGCUACGGAAGCGGGACCCAGACUGACCCGCUGGCGGGGAAGGGCUUCAUCAUUGCCAUAGCAGCCAUCACCUUCAUCGCCGUGCUCAUCAUCUUCAUACUAGUGGUGUCGCGGCAGAACACGUCCCGCUCGCCAAAGUUCUACCUGGGGACCAUCAUCGUGUCUGCCAUCUUGGCAAUACUAAUGAUCAUCGCUACUAUAGUCUACCUGGUGGCAGUGAACCCCACAGCCCAGUCCUCAGGGUCUGUCUACUACAACCAGAUCAUACAGCUGUGUUCCCAGUACCAGAAUCAGAACCAAGCCCAGGGCAUCUUCAUCAACCAGUACCUCUACCAUUACUGCGUGGUGGAACCUCAGGAGGUCAUAGCCAUCAUCCUGGGAAUCUUGGUAUUUGUGGGUCUGAUCAUCCUGCUGGUGUUUGCUGUGAAGACGCGUCAGAAGAUCAGGCGCUGGGGCCCAGACAGAAUCCUCUGGGAGGAGGCCAAGGUUACCAGCAACAGCCUGCGCACACACACCAUCGGAGAGUGGGUGAAUAACGUGUCUGGUCAGCCGGACACUCUGGUGAAUGAAUACAACGACAAGGUGGGGGGCUCCAGGAACUUCCUGGACCAGCUGCCAGACCACAGACCUCUGUAUCUGCCUGGGAGCUCAGACAUAACUAGUUCGUUGGGAGGACUGAAGAGCAAGCUGAGGGACUACGACACUGGUGCAGAAUCGGGAGGAGAGGAUCUGGACGAGAUCGACUUUAACACCGAGUUCUCUGCCAUCAUGAAUGAGCAGGAGCGUCUGGACUACAAGAGGGAGUUUGACCGGGACCAUCUGGAGUACAAAGAGCUGCAGGCUGAGCUGGAUGACCUCAACAUGGGCCUAGCUGACCUGGACAAGGAACUGGACAGACAGCCAGAGGGCAGCCCACAGUUCCUGGAUGCUAUGGAUAAGUACACCCAGAUGAAGAAUAUGAAGAAGUCCUCAGACUAUCAGCUGAAGAAGAAGAGGUGCAAGCAUCUGAAGGCCAAGCUGUCGCACAUCAAGAGGAAGGUCAGCGAGUAUGACCGCAGACGCUGA